AUGCCUGUAACUACAAGACGUGCGACAAAAUAUCCCAAUUGUCAACAAACUGAAUCGCUUGCAAAUAUUCGAAGUAAAGAUAUUACGCCAAACAGAAACUUACGAGGUGUUAAAAAGGGACGAAAUGUUGUUAAAGAAAGAAGAGGAAAAAGGUCUUCAUCAAAAUCCUUAGUGUCGAUUACUAGCUCUAAAAGAGACGGCCGGAUAACCUCGCGAAGACGUGAUUUAAAGCAGAUCGAUGGAGAAAUCCUUGGGAAGAGAGUGAUGAUGAAUUGGAUCAACCGAAAGGAUGGAAUCGGGCAUCUUUCUCAGCUUCUGAACCUGAUGAUGAGAGUUCUGCUGCCUACUCCGGUUAACGGGGUCAGUGAGGAUAAUAUGUCAACUGUUUCUGAUGUUGAUUCUGCUACACAAGAGUUGACAGAAGCCACUUGCUCACAAACUCCACCUGAUAUGUUUUGCCCGUGGUUGGAAUUUCCACCUGAGAGAAUCCCUGCAUUAGAAUUGCCUGGAGCCAGCAUGGACCUUCUUAUUGAUAGCGAUCAUAUCUUACAUACUUUAGAGGUUAUCUAUCUGUCUAAACUCCUUGGAGAAAUUCAUAUUGCUUUUUUGCGUUUAUUUUUCUCUGAAGAGGAACAAGAAAAAACUACAUUUUCUGUUUUUGAUACAAAUCUUUCUUUUAACGUUGUACUGCAAUUACUCGACCAUAUGAACUAUGCUGAAGUUUUGAGACUGUAUUUGGAAAGUGAUCCAAAUUUUCCAGCAGAAGUCUUAAAAAUUUUGGAAGAGGGAAAAUAUCCAUUUGUAGCUAUGGAUAAACGUUUAGUCGUUCUCAAAUGGAUGUGUGAUCGGUUUUUUGAGACAACCAUAUUUAAACAAUUAGUUCGCGAUGAAGGAAAAAUUAAGCAUGACCAACAUUGUCGUUAUUGUGCAAAAUCUUGUAUUGGCUCUCACGAAUCACAACAAACCUCAAUAGAAUGUUCUGGCUGUGAUGCAAUUUAUCAUUUUAAUUGUACAGAAUCUUCUUUUGGUCCGCCUGAGUUAAACGAGAAAUGGCUUUGCUCUGUUUGUAUUAAACACCAAUUAACUGGUUCAACUGAUUGUAUCUUACCUGGUCAGACUACUCUAAGGAAGUUGCCACUUGGUUAUGAUCGCAAAGGUCGUAUUUAUUGGUUCCUUGUUAGAAGGGUUUUUAUUCAUGAUCCAUUUAUUAAUGAAAUUUAUUAUUACUCAACUUUGCCUCAACUUUUUGAUCUUUGUGCUGUUCUUGACCCUAAUUAUUAUGAAAAGAGGUUAUGUCAAACGCUUUGCGAAUGUUUGCCUCACAUUGCUGUUCAAAUGCAUAUUACCCUUGAACUGACAGAAGAACGGCGUAGGUUAUUACAAACCAAAUCGCCUAAGCCAGUUGUCGAUAAUUCCCAUCGAAUGGCUAAAAUCUUGACUGAAGCUCAAAUUGAAGCGGACAAUAAAUCAGAGCAAAUUACUGAUAAUAAUGUUGAUAGUGUGGAAAAGCCCAGCAUAAUGCAAAUAAUUCGCAAUCUUCUUUGUAUUCGACAUGGUAGAUUAGAAGCUUGUUAUUGGAGUGGAAAAUUGAAUGAAGAUCAACUAAUUUUUAAUCAUAAAGUAUGGAAUGAUUCUCUUCAAUCAAACAACUAUGGCUCAUUUUAUUCGCUUUCCUCAGAUUUAGAACUACGAAUGCGUAGAGGAAUUCGUCUUGGAUUUUCUGACGCUGGACACAGAAAUUAUGUCAAUCAAUUUUCUGUAAAUGAUUUGGCUAGAUCUCCUUAUUUGCGAGCAAAAGAACGUGAUAAAAAGCGUUAUUUAAAUUCUCGUUUCUGCUUAACUGAUGAUGGAGAAUUCAAUUGGCCCAACCAUAGGGGAGCUUCCCCGUUUGGAACAGAAGCAGAUGUUCUUAAAUGUAUUCAACUUAGCAUUCGUCGCAUGAUUGAACGUAUUCCUGAUACAUUAAUGCAUCAAAAUUGGAUUCUUGAAAAUGAAAAGGAACGUUUUAUGCAGCAACUAUUACGAGAAGGUGCUAACUUUAAUACUUUACGCUAUUUGUUGCUUCUUUUUGAACGAGUUGUUCGCAAACCUGUGUUUUUAAAUAUUUGGUGGGCAGGAUUAGCUUUGACCAGGUUUAAUCGAGUUACUGUUGAGGAUAGAGAAAAGCGACAAAAAUUUGAAUCGUUAAGAAGGAAAGAAGAAAAGCUACUUGCUAAUGCUGAUGAAUCUGAAUCAACUGGGAUUGUUUGGGUCAAAUAUUCCCUUUAUGGUUUUAAUCUACCUAGACAUAACUUGUGGAGGCUAAGAGAUGGAAAUGAACAGUUCCGAGUAAAUGGACAGGGAUCAUUAGGUUUGGUUUAAAUUAUUUCAAA